GUUGAGUUCAGACGUGUGCGGACAAAACCAAAAGUCUAACUAAAAGAAUAAAAAUUCAACAGCAAUACACACACACACAUACUCAUACACACUCAAGCGUAUAAGCUGUCAAUACGGUCGUUAGCGUCUUGUGUAAAGUGCUACAGUGUUAAAUACAACAACAAGAACAAGUCGGCAACUUGGCCACUUGUCAAAUCAGUGAUUGCCACUAAACAAAAGUUUUUGUUGGCUAAAACUACAGUGUGACAAAAGCAAGAGAAUAAAAAAUAUUUGCCGUCGGCAUUCUUUGGAUUACUUCAAAUCAACAAACAGCAGCUGCAUAUAAAUUAAUUUUAUUGCGCUCUGUCCUUUGGGAUUAACAAAAACAAUAAAAACAUCGCUAAUUUUGUGGAUUACCUUAGAGCAAGCGAUAGUAACUGCAACAUGGUUGUCUUGGAAGGUGGCGGUGGUGUCGUUACCAUCGGCAAUAACCAAUACUUGCAACCGGAUUAUCUAGCGCCAUUGCCAACAACGAUGGACGCCAAGAAGAGUCCGCUGGCUUUGCUGGCCCAGACUUGCUCACAGAUUGGCGCUGAUUCGUCUGCGGUGAAGCCGCUGCUGGCAAUGGAUAAGAACAAAAAGUCAGGCACCAGCUCCAGCUCAAGCUCCAGCUCGAGCAGCUCCAGCAGCGCGGAUAUGACAGCAGCCAAAUCACCCAGCCAAGCCAAAUCGCCCAAGUCAACGACGCCAAUUAGCAGCAGCAACAUCAGCAGCGGCGGCAGCGAGAUCAAGUUGGCCUUUAAGCCCUACGAGACGAACGUGUUGAGUCAGCAGAACCAGAACAGCUUCAAGAGCAGCAGCUCCUCGGAUGAGCCUACGCGUCCCAGCUCCAAGAGCUCCAGCUCACAGCAGGAGCGCGUGCCCAGCCGCAGCAAGAGCAAUGCCACGCCCACAGAUGCGCACGCCGCCGCCCAAUCAAAGUCAGAUGAACGCAAGACAGUCUCACCCGCCGGCUCCAGUCAGCGCGGCGCCAGUCCCAUUGUGCGCUCCGGCAUGGAGGUGCUGAACAAUGCCAAUGGCACUGCUCAGCAUCCCAAGGAGAUGAGCAGCAUGGCCGCCGCCGCAGCUGCAGCCGCUGCCGCCUACAAAGUCGCCGCUCCCUAUGGUCUCAAUCCGCUGUCGGCGCUCUGCUGUCCGCCCGGCAUGGAGCAGCAUGCCAAUCCCGCAUUCCGUCCGCCCUUUGCCGGCGGCUUCUCGCAUCAUCAUGCCGCCAUGCUGGCCGCUGCUGCCCAAGGCGGUUAUCCUGGCAACGCCUCUCAGCCUAAUCCCUAUAUAAGCUAUCAGCGCAUCAAGACCCCUGCGGGCGGUGAAGCUAUCGUGCCUGUCUGCAAGGAUCCCUACUGUCCCGGCUGUCCCUACUCCGCGCAUACGCAGCAAAUGUUGAUGGGCGCUCCCUGCCCCGCCGGCUGCACCCAGUGCGAGCAUCAGAAGUACGGCAUGGCCAUGGCCAAUGCUCAUCCAUACUCCCAAGCUGCUGCCGCUGCCGCUGCCAACGCCGCCGCCGCUCGCAGCGCGCCCUACGUCUGCAGCUGGGUCGUGGGAGAUGCCUACUGCGGCAAGCGCUUCCAAACCUCGGACGAGCUCUUCACGCAUCUGCGCACGCACACGGGCAAUCUCUCGGAUCCGGCAGCAGCCGCCGCCGCUUUGGCGCAAUCCCAGGCGCAGUCGCUGCUCGGCACGCUCUUCCCGCCGGGUGCACUGCGCGCGGGUUACCCCACGCCCCCACUCAGUCCCAUGUCCGCCGCCGCUGCCGCCGCUCGUUAUCAUCCCUAUGGCAAACCGCCGGGCGCCAUGACCGCCGGCCCCUCGCCCUUUGGCAGCGCCGGCGCCUUCAAUCCCGCAGCAGCCGCCGCCGCCGCAGCGCUCGGUCCCUACUACUCGCCCUAUGCCAUGUACGGCCAACGCAUGGGCGCCGCACAUCAGUAGAGAGAGAAAUAAAGGGGGUUCGAUUGCUCUUCUGUGAUACUAAAUUGUAGUUUUUGUCGAGCGCUAAUUCUAUUGCUAAGUUAAUUAACAACAAAUAGAACAGAAAUAAUUGCAGCUUAUUCAAAAAAUAUUUCAACAUACUCAAGCAAAUUACACUUAACGAAAAAGUUUAGCUCAGUUUGUUUUUUGUUUUUUCGUACCAAAGUUAAUUUCAAGAAUUAUAUGUUAAUUUUUAUAUUCAACUUCCAAGCUCCAAGUUCUAUUGUAAACAAUAUGAGCCAAGCAUUGUUUUAUUUAAGUUUAAGUCGCUUCAUACAUUUUUAUAUAUAAAUAAACCACUUAAACU